AAGUUGCUGUUAAGGAAACUUGCUUGUUCCCCAGCUUGUAGCUUCAAUGCUUAGGUGUAUAAUUGCCGCUGUAAAUACUCAGCGGUUUAAAAUCGCUCUGGAUGAACGUCUGGUAAAUGCGGAAAUGUAGUCUGUAGAAGUGCAUUCUGUCUGCACGUGCACGCGUCUCGAUGCGGCAACGGGAAAGGUGUGAAAUACCAAGUGGGGGACACAGGCUUUCUGAUCAAAACUCAUAUCUGGAGUAUUCAAGUCGAUAUACAUAGCGUGUACUACAGUUUCAAGAAAUUUAGUUUACAUGUACUUUUUAGAUUAGAUUUUUGUAGAGAAAUAGCUGGCCAAACUGCAGAGUAAUAUAAGUUCGCUAACUGGCUAAGUUAGUUACGUUAGUUACACUAGGCCAGGGUAACAUUAGCUAGCUUGCUAACUAGUUACAGUCUCUGGUUUCGACUGAUCGUGGUAAUAUUUUGAAGUUAUUUGUCCAUUUUCACGGAAGUUCAACAAGUAAAAGGAUGACCAAGAGAGGAGUGCCCCAAGCUGCAACAGGAAAGGCAACCCAGCCCAGGACACUUAGGGCCAGGAAAAGGAAACUUGAGACUGCCCCUCCUGGACACAAUGAGACACUGCAGUCUGGAGAGCCACAUGGGUCCUCAGUUUGUGUGCCGACAAGCAGUGGAGUAGGAGAGAGCUCAGCGCUGUUGAGCAAGGAUGUGAAAGCAAGCAAUUCCUGCACAGAGGUUCAAUCCACCUCCGGUGAGGCAAAACCUCUGCAGUUGGACUGUACCACUGCACAGAGGGAGAGGGGGGAGGACUGUACCACUGCAAAGAGGGAAGCUCUCAGGUCUGGAGAGAUGGGCCGGAGGGAGGAGGGUGCUGAAAUUCAGGAGUACCCCUCUGCCACGCCCUCUCACCCUGCCCUGUGUCCACCUGGUUCUCCGCUGCCAGCGAGUGACGGGAGGGAGGUGGGCAGGAGGCCCGGUGCCACAGAUGGUGUGACGGGCGAGGAUGGAGAGAAGGAAAAGCCAACAGAUGGACCUGGUGACCAUCCAAGUGACCAACCUCAUCUAGGAGAGGGGAAGGCGACCGCACCUGACCCAGAGCCUUUACGGUCAGCGCUGGGGGAUCAGUGUGAGGACGGCCCUGCGAAGAAAAAGGUCCGGAAGAGGAUGGGCGUGCGGGGCUUCGGAGAGCGAGAGAGGCGGACUCACUGUGAGGGACAGCUGGGGAGUAGACACCAGAAAAAUGGAGAGAGUGAGAAAGGGAGGGAAAGAGAGCGAAAAGUUGACCAAGAAUAUGAAGAACAUUCUGAUUGUCAUGAAGAAGUCACAUGGAAGAGUCUGGAAAAGCCCACCUCCAGCAUAGCGGCAAAUGGCACCAACCUUGGGACUGCAGAAGGCAUGCCGGACACCGCACUGGGACUGGCUGGCCAGCCAGAAGUGCCCCGCUCAGCCUCUGAUCUCUCUCUCCCAAUUCCCCUGGACAGUGUUUUAGAGGAGGAAGAGCCUUCCCAACCCGAAUUGGAGGGUUCUGACAAAAUUCCAGAGCAGCCAUUUACAGUUGGCAAGACUGUUGCUGGGGAAACCAAGUCCGGCCAUUCUGCGACAUACAGUGAGAAGACGACCGGCGGAGAGGGCACUAGACCCUGUGGCCCAGGAGAGGCCUCUGAGGAGGACGGGCUGGUGGUGUCAGGUGGAGGGAGUAGAGAGUCCCACGUAGAGCUAGGAGGUGCCACUUGUCAGGAGUGGGGAGACGUGAGGAGGUGCACUGGGAGCCCCUGUUCAGUGCAGGCGGAAGACUGUGACCUCAGGGUCACUGCACUUGAGGAGGUGGGACAGGGUCAAGGAAGGUGCGGGACAGGCCGGGUUCAGCAGAGAGAAGCACCGAAAGUCCUGGGGUGCUCCUCCUGUGAGCCAGAGAUCACACUGGGCCUUAACCCUCUGGAGUCCGGGACGCUGCCCGUUCCUUGCGAUGGGGUUGCGCGUGAGCCCUUUGAAGGCAUCCGCCUGUUGGACCCAAGCAGCUUUGUGGCGUCUCAGACCUCAGAUGGCGUGGAAGGGGCGGGGUUCGCUGGUGGAACGGACCUGGCCUCGUGUGGGCCCCAGGGUCCUGGAGAAAAAUCAGGGCCAGUGGCACCUGUGGGGGAGGUGUGUGUGGGGCAGGGAUCAUCCCAGGGUUGUGCUUCACUUUCCCAAGGAGCGCCAGUGACCGAAGACAUCAGGGAGCCUCCAGGGCUGAGGGAGGAGCCACACGGUGACAGGGAGGACGCCAUAGCGACGCACUCGCACGACCCCGCCCGUCUGCUGGAGGAACCACAUGCUCCUGGGCUUACAGGCCCCGGAGCUUCCCCUGAAGAGCGCCGGCACCCCACCGCACACCGUGGGCCUGUGAGCCUGGAGGUGCACCUCAGCCGGGCCAACCACACCGAGACACAGAGGACCUCUGACCAAGCUUCACUUGGAGCUUCAACCGGGAACCGUGAUCAGCACCAGGACAGUGGAGAAACAGGAAGUGGAAGUGGUCACCCAGGUCCUGUGUGUGCCUCAGUGCUGCCACCUGUAUGUGAGGACAAGCCAUUGCACCGGGACACUGAAUUGGUCAGCAGCUUCAACACUCGGCCUUUCACAGCCCUGAGCCCCAAACCCAGCGGUGACCCGGAUCCUGACCCAGAAGCCCCCACCUCUCCGUCUGACUCCCAGCUCAACAACAUUGCACUGAGCGAGAUGGAGGACAGCCCCACCCCGGACGACGCUGACCAACAGGAAGACGCCUCGGACCUGGUCUGCGGCCUCAUCAAGGAGCUGUCCUUCCUCAAUCGCACAGUGAUGGCUGCACACAGGGAACUGGACAACAUUCGCCGUGGCAACAAGGCUCCUAAAGCAGCUCCGUGGCGUUCUUACGGGUCCCGCCGCAGUGAGAUUUAGCCGCCCUGUCUGCCGGGCUUUGUGGGAGAAGCACGCACACAAACACACACACAAACACGCACACACACACACAAACACACACACGCACACACACACACAAACACAAACACACACAAACACGCACACACACAAACACACACACAAACACAAACACGCACACAAACACAAACACGCACACAAACACAUACACACACACACACACAAACACAAACACACACACAAACACAUGCACACAAAUACACACACACACAUAUCACACUGCAGGGAUUAUAAGCAGUGCAGUAAUAUAGGUGCUGUGGUUCCCCUGUAAUGACAGACAGUCGGAAGCACUCCACCCGUGCUCUCUGAUUGGCCCACAGCCUCACUCAUGGCAGGGGGUGGGAAACUAGGGGUACGGGGGGUACGGGGGGGUAAUUGACUCAAAUGUACACACCGAUGGAAGUUGUGCAUGACGUACUUCACCUUUCAGCAUUGCCACUCUAGCUGUCGUAGUAGACCUGUGAUGACUCCCUCUCACACACACACACACACACACACAUACCCUGAAGGUGAACACACUCCCCUGUGCACACACACGUACUGAUGAAUAACGUACAUAGAUACGUGUACACAGACACGCACGCGCACAGACAGUUUUACACUUCUGUUCCUGUUUAAUGUUCCAACAGUCAACCUGAUUUGUUCAGUAGGUAGCUGUAAGCUCUUAAGUGUGUAUCGCUACAAUAAAGCAAGGAAGAAAUGUC